AGACUAUUGAGGGCGCCCUUCUUCUGCACAUCAAAUUAUUUUGAUGAUGGCGCGGUGGCGGGGAACUGGCUGUGUUUUUGAAUGAUAAACUGAUGAUAAAUAGUCGAUCAGGAAAACAUUCGCACAUUCAUGGAUAAGCUUUGGGAGAAAGCAUUCACUAAUAUGGGCAUCCCAUAUUACAUCAAUCACAUGUCGGAGAGGACGCAGUGGGAUCACCCAGAGUUUAUCAAAGCCCUGAGAAUGCUAGAUGAGAUGAGUAACAUCCAACUUGCCGAGUACAGAGCUGCUAUGAAGCUGAGAAUGCUGCAGAAACAGCUCAACUUGGAUUUGGUUGACAUAUCUACGAUCAGUUCAUCUUUUGACCAACAUGGCUUCCGACAUCACAAUGACAUCGUUCUGGACGUUGUUCAGUUACGCAGCAUUAUCUAUGAGGUGUUCUACGUCACUUACUCCCGUAGACAUAGCAGCAUGGUGGAUGUUGGGAGUAGUACUGAUCUAGUGUUGAACUGGAUAUACAAUCUCUAUGAUAUGGGUCGGACUGGAUGUGUCAAGGUGCUGUCAGCCAAGAUUUGCAUGGUAGCGCUCUGCUCAAGCAAACUGACCGAGAAAUACCAGUACUGGUACCAGCAACUGACUGACCGAGCAGGGGGCAUCAGUCGACGGAAUGUGACAGCCUUCCUUCAAGAUCUCAUCAGGAUAACAGAGUUGAUCAAUGAAAGUGCUACUUUAGGGAGAAAUGCCGGCGCAGCAGUCAACAGCUGUUUUGCUACUGUGAUUGGAACGACCGUCUCCCACGACAGGUACAUGAGCUGGCUGAUGGCCGAACCCCAAACCAUCGCCUGGUUACCCACAAUGCACCGCUUGGCAGCUUCUGAGAACAUGAGACAUGAAGCUAAGUGCAACAUCUGCAAGAUGCUUCCCAUCAUCGGCCUUCGCUUCAGGUGCCUCAAGUGUCUCAACUACGACAUGUGUCAAGAUUGUUUCUUUGUCGGCAUGACAACCAAGAAGCACAAGCUCUCGCAUCCAACUCAAGAAUACAUCUUUGGGACUUCCUCAAAGGAGGACCUGCGAGCCUUUGCCAAGACGAUACGCAACAAGCUGAGCAAGAAACAUGGCCGCGGUGUCGGACACAAGUACCUGCCCAUAGAUGACAGUGAUGCAGAUUCCUAUAGUUACAGUGACCCCUUAAUGAGGAAGAUUGACAUGCACUCUCGUCUGGGUCACAUCCCUGAAAAAUUAGCAGCAGUUGAAGACAUGAAACCAGCCGUGCCACCUUCCAUCACACCCACCCCCUCCCCCGAUAGCUGGACACGCCCAUCCGAUGCAUCCCCUGAGUCUGGUAGGUCAUCAUCCAAAGGUCAAAGGUCAUCUGCUGAUCGGUCCAAAGAACGUAGAGACCUGGAGGAUUUGAUUGAUGUACUGGAACUGGAAAAUGAGGAGCUCAUCAAAGACAUAGAACAGCUGGUCAGGAAACGGAUGGCACCAACGGAUGACAGUGACCCCAAUGGAGACGAUGAUGUUGAUGGUAACCUUGGUGACGAUGAUGGUGGUAACUAUGGCGAUGGGUCCGGUGACAACGAGGCAUCGGAUGCUGAGGCUGAGAUGAUCCGAGCCAAGCAGGAAAUGCUGGAGGAACAGAACCGACAGCUGGAGAUACAGCUGAGAACACUCAAGCAACUCCUGAAGCAGAAACAAACUGCCACAAAAACCAGUCAAUCCAUGUAUGUGCCAAAUCGCUCAGCUCCACCCCCUCAUUAUCAUGCUCCUCCCACAAAUGACCUACUUGAUCAGACGGCUCCACCUAGAUUACCAUAUCACCAUGCCAUCAACCAAUCACAACGCAGCAUUGGUUUGACUGAUAAUGAACAUGCUAAUGUAUUCAUACCUGCAACUCCUGAUGAUGCAGUGGUUGACCGAUCAGCCGGAGCUGUGAUGAAUAAUGACAGUUAUAGACCCCGCCCACCCAAUAUGAUCAACCAAUCACCAUUGGAUGCAACCACAAGUGAUAGUAUUAGUGUACACCCACCUGUAAAGUUGGACCAAUCAGCGAUGACACCAGGGACUUACCAACAUCAACUAACCAAUCAGACCAUGACUCCAGGGUUGAGUGACAGCACCAUGCCCCGCCCACUUUACCCUCACAACCAAUCAGCAAUGACUCCAGGCACAUUUGCAUCCAGGAGGCUCCUCCCAGCCCAUUUGACUGACCAAUCAACGGUGAUGUUUCCCAACUUGUCUGCUUCAAGGAUGUUUCCUCCUGAAGAGGCAGAGAUGAACGAGAUUUUGCAGCGACUGAAUGAUGCCUAUCCAACUAGUCCACAUGAUGAGCCCUCCUCCCCCGAGUUGAAGCCCCGCCCCUCCUACAAGCCAGCUCCUACCUUCAUGCGAACUAGACGCCCUCAUGGAACACGUGAUAAUCCAAAGGACAUGCUUGAUGCUGUGGCUCGCAUCGGCGAUGCCAUGUCAACGCUUGUUGCCAGGGUAACCGACAGGCCAUCUGGGAUGUAAAAAUCCACUCUGAUUGGUUGAACCAACCAGUCUUGUCAUACAAGGAUUUUAAAGCUAUAGUCCAUCAUUUGUAAUUAGUGCAUUU